GAAGUGCAGGCUGAGGGGGUGGGGGCAGCCCUGGGAAGUGUAGUCCUAUGAAGUGCCUCAAUCAGGGGGAAGGAGGCGGAUUCCUGAGACUUUAAGCACAUGAGCCCACCAUGCAAAAAGCACACAGAGCGGAGCAAGUGGCUGAGGAGCAGGACAGAAUCUACAUUGCCGUCUGGACUCAAUGUGACUGGACUCAAUGUGAUCAGGAGAGCUGGAGGAGGCGCUGGACUGACUCACUACAUUGUAUUCUGCUGCUGCUUCUGGAUCUGUAACCUGGGACUUCCUUGGGGCUGGUCGGGGAUUUAAUAUCAUUGCCUGUGCACAACUAGUAGCCCUCCCCACAGUGCUUUAGAGGGGCAGAAGGAUAAGGACUUGUAACCUCAUGUCAACUCCAGCAGGAACAACAUCAAAAACCCUGUGUGUGCUGAGUUGCCCCAGGGGCGUAAACUGGAUGUCUCAGGUUUAGCCUGUCAUUGAGAGUAACCAACUCUACUGGGAGACUGUCCUCUGUUUGUCCUGGGAAGGGAGUCACUGAAGCUCCCCAUUUUAAUGAAGGAUGUACAGCUUUGGACACAUCUUCCUCAGCCUGAUGAUUGUCCACCUCUGUCACACCAGGGAGAAGGUUUCCAACAGGACACCUCGACAGACAGAGGAUGAAGGAGCUGUAAAUAAAAUUUCUGGACUGUGGGGUUCAUGGGGACCAUGGUCUAGCUGUUCUCAGACUUGUGGACUAGGAGUUAUAGAAAGAAGUAGGAACUGUUUGUCUCCAUAUAAGCAGGUACCUUGGGUACCAGGAGCAGAACCAGCCCCACACAUCAUGCAGACCAUUCCUCAACCCUCACAGAAUGCUGAAAGAUCCCAUUUAUAUCCACAUGGCGCAGCGAGGCCAGCAUUCCCACUUCACACAGAUGGGGAGAUUGCAGCACCUUUUGUAGACCUUGGGGGUCAAAGACAUUCUCCGACCCUUCGAUACAAUCCAUUUAACCGCCACACAAGACAAGGCACACAUUCCAGUGGAUCUCAGCCUCCGAUCCAGAACCGUGACAACACACCAUACCAUAGAUCCAUAACCAGUCGAGGGCGGGCUGCAGCACGGCAUCCUGAGACAGGGUGGUAUCCAGCACCUUUGGAGACUCCUUACCUACAGGAAGAACUUCUUGCUCCUGAAACUUUCUCCAUGCACAGGAAUGAUCAUCAAAGCAUACCAUCAUCCUAUAACCGGAGAAACAUCACCAGGCAGGUUGAAGACCCUGCACCAUGGCCAUUCUUCCCAGAUUCCAUUCCUCUCCUAAAACCUGAAAGUUCUGAAGACCACAAUCCAGGGCAAUCUUUUUCACCACUGACACCAACCAAAGAGUCUCGGUUCUCUAGAAGAUCCCGUGUUAGAAAUUCAAUCAAACCAGGAAAGUAUGGCUAUGGGAAAGUGCCCUUUGCUUUGCCACUCCAUAAAGACAAAGAAGAAUCACAACGGUCUAAAAGGCAUCACAAAUCUCUAGAUGAUGAAACUACAGUUGCACCUUGGAAAGAAGAGGAAAUACCAACUGAAAUACCAUCCCAAAAUGACAGACAAGUUUAUUACAUGCAUAAUGCAGAUAGAUCUAUAGUUCAUAGCCCAGAGCCUUCACAACAGAAGAGUUCUCAAUCUCAUAAAGGAGAAUCACUGCAACACCAUUUAUCUCAUAUAAAACAUAAGAGACAUGAACAUCCUUCGUGGCCUGAAAGAUUAGUCAACAUUUCUCAUUUAUUGAUGGGACUUAGUGGAUUUCAGCAGAAAGCUCUUAAAGGUGAUGAGUCAAAACAUAAAUCUAUAGAAACAGAUUUAGCUCCAAUAGUACCUGUCCAGGAGAAGGGGCUCAAUCACAGAAGGAGGAAGUCCAAUCAGAAUGGCCAAUCAGAAUGGAUCUCUGAGAUCCAAUAUGGGGAUUCUACAAAAGAUAGUGCAAGGCAUGGCGAUCAAAAUUUUGGUUCUAGAAAGCAAGUAGAUGAGGAUUCUUUGAGCAGGGUAGCUAAGAUUAGAAAAGCUCGUUCUACUAGUACCAAGCUAUUAUGGGCAGAUGAAAAACCUGUUGAACAAAAGUCAUCUUCCAUUGUUUCUUCAGUUACAGCUAAGGAAAUUGCAGUGGCAGACAGUUCCAAGAUAGUUGCACAGUCCGAUGUUUAUACCAGAAAUGGAGACCAACCCUUUAGAAGAAUAUCUAGAGCCAAGAUGUUUGGCACAGUAAAACCAAUGCAAAGUAGAACCAUAGGUCAAAAAGUUGACACGCCUUUAAGGUUGGAUACAACCAAGAAAGGUCAGAACGAGAGGACUCUGCUAGAAGGAUCAGUGUUAUUAACGCAAAGGGAACGCGCAUCCCAAUUAAAAAAGGUUUCAAAACAUUCUGAGGACUCUGAAAUAACAGCAGAUGAAGUGGAUCAACAAAACCAUCAGGCAGCAUCUGAUUCAGUGCCUUUGCCCAGAUCCCGUAGCCAGCGUCAGAGCCAGAACAGGCAUGGUGCAGACAACAGUAGGGUCUUCCAAAGUCUGUUCAGAGAGCAUCCUUCUAUUCACAGGCCUUCUCAGUCAGAUCCAUGGCCCACCUAUGGAAGGAGUCCAGCUAUGGCUCAUGAAAGAGAACAAGAUGUGAGAGAAAGCAUUCAACAGAACUCAGAACUUCCUCAAUGGAACCUUUACAAUCCAGGAUCUGAGGAGUUUCAUUGUGAAGGGGAGCAGAAGCAAUACAAAUCAUGCAACCAAGAGGCAUGUCCGAGUGGGGAACCGGAUGCAAGAGCCAUGCAAUGUGCAACGUUUAACAGCCAAGAAUUUAUGGGUCGUCUGUACCAGUGGGAAGCCUUCACUGAAGUUAGUGGCAAUCAAAGAUGUGCACUGAACUGCCGUCCCGUGGGCUACCGUUUUUAUGUGCGUCACACAGAGAAGGUCCAAGAUGGCACCCCAUGUGAAGCUGGCUCUCUCGAUGUUUGUGUUGAUGGGCAGUGCUUGUCUCCUGGCUGUGAUGGCAUCCUGGGGUCUAACAGCACUCUGGACACCUGUGGAGUUUGUGGUGGAGAUGGAUCUACUUGCAAGUUCGUAACCGGGACCUUCAAGGAAACCAACGUUCCUAUUGGCUACCACAAAAUCUUGGAGAUUCCCAAAGGUGCUACCCAAAUCAAAGUGAAAGAACUUACAUGGAGUCCUAACUAUCUAGCUUUGAGGAGUCGUAUUGGAAAAUCUAUUAUCAAUGGUAACUGGGCAGUAGACCCCGCUGGUAGAUAUGAGGCUGGAGGAACUGUGUUUAUCUACACUCAACCAGGACGGGAAGAGCAAGAGGGGGAAACCUUCACUGCAGCCGGUCCUACCUCGGAAGCUCUGGAUGUGUAUAUGAUAUUCCAGCAGGACAAUCCUGGUAUCUCCUUCCAGUUCUUCAUUUCUUCUCCAACUGCUGCUGAUACCUCUGGGCAUCAGUCUAACCCAGCACAGCAGGAAUAUGGAGCACUGAGAUCGAUGUCUGCCAGUGAGACUCUUCCAAACCCAGGCUCACGUAUUCAACCUCCUGAUGACCGACCUCUGGUGUUACCACCUCAAUCGAGACAGCAUUCCACGAGACCUGUUAGCACCCUGCAACGCAAUAUCCGCAUUCCUCCUCUACAGUCGCCUCCAGUUCACUACUGGCCAGAACAACCUCAGUUCUUCUGGAAGAGAGUGGACAACACAGCUUGUUCUGUUUCUUGUGGAAAAGGAUUCUGGUAUCCAAUUUACCACUGUGUCUCUAGAAACUCUCUAGAGGAGGUUAGUGAGGAGGAAUGUGAUUUGUCCACUAAGCCUUUCCCUCAGGAGGAAGCGUGCAACACCCAGCCCUGCCCAGCCUUUUGGGAUGUUGGCAACUGGUCAGUGUGCAGCAGGACCUGUGGAAAUGGAAUUCAGCACCGGCAAGUGCUUUGUCGCCAGAUGUACGCCAACAGGACAACCAUGGUGCACCCACAGAGAUGUAGCCAUCUGGUGAAGCCCAAUGUAACAGAGACCUGUCAACUCCGUAUCUGCAGCCACUGGGAGAUCCAGUCCAACUGGAGCCAGUGUUCAGUUAUGUGUGGAAUGGGCCAGAGGAUCCGACGCGUUCGGUGUGUCAGUAACCAAGGUGAUGAGGUGGGCGAUGGCGAGUGCAGCAACCGACUGCGCCCUAGAACCAAUGAGGUUUGCGAUAUGGGCCCGUGUGUCCGGAGCUGGUUCUACAAUGAAUGGAGUCCUAUAUGUUCUGCGGAAUGUGGGACUGGAAUCCAGAGGCGCUCGGUAUUCUGCCUGUCCAGCUCCCCCACAGAUGAGUCGCAGGAGAGCUGCGGAGGCUCAAAACCAUCUGACAUGCGCGUGUGCAAUAGCGGGCCCUGCGAGCGCAUUAUAAAGUGGUACACGGGACCCUGGUCAGAGUGUUCAGCAGAUUGUGGUGACGGUUCCCAGAAGCGUGAUGUGAUCUGUGUGAGCAAGCUGGGGGCAGAGUUUAAUGUCACAGAUCAGGCAGAGUGCUCCCAUUUGGAAAAACCGCUUCCCCUUCAAAACUGUAAUUUAGGGCCAUGCGGGCCCAGCUGGUUCACUACCCCCUGGAGUGCGUGCUCCCAGUCGUGCCUCGGAGGGAUCCAGAUGAGAGAAGUGCGGUGCUUAGCGUCAGACAAGACCUUCAGUCAGAAGUGCGACCAGGAUAGCAAGCCGGAGGAUAAGAGAGUGUGCAACACACAGCCGUGCUCUGCCGCAUUAGAUGAAAACUGCCGUGACCGAUAUCACAAUUGUGCAGUGGUGGUCCAAGCGCGUCUUUGUGUCUAUGGCUACUACAAGCAAGCGUGUUGUUCUUCCUGCGCCCAUGCCGUACAGCGAUCUGUGCCUCCAGAGAGCAGAUAACCGCCUCCGACAAUCUCACCGCCUCCCAUGAUCACCUCCACCUCACCAGAGUUUAUAUUUUAUAUACUCAGAAGAGACAGUAUUUAUUAAUCUGUUUGGCGCCGGUGCGGCUCGCGUGGCCGGCCCUACCAGCAGCAAAAUGGAGAAAGACACAAAAUGUAUAUUUGCUUUUUAGCUUUGGCCUGAUAACAGGAAGAUUGAAAUUCUGUUUUCCCAGGUCAGUUACGGUGCUACCCUAUAGAACCUAUUUUCCUGUUUCUACUGUGACAGUGACGUGUGAUACAAAACUCUAUAGUUAGUAUAGAUAUGGGUAUAUAUAAUUUAUGUGAAAGUAGGGAGGGGGGUGUGUAUGGAUGCUGGGUAUUCAUUUGGAGGGGUUAAACUUGAUGGACUUUGUCUUUUUU